UGGCUUCCUUCUUAUCCAUGGAUGGAAAUCUUUGAAUAACAACAGCAGAAGUUUAAUCUGGAGUCUCUAACUGAAGUUUAUCGUUUCAAUUCAGCAGAACAGAAAGAGAAGUGGUGGUGCUUUGUGUCGCUGCCACAAGGUGGCGCAGAAGAUCUGCUCAUGUGGUUUCUCCACGUGUUUCCAAGCUGAGAUUGACUGUGUGCGACACAAAACAGCUCAGAACAGCUCAGCAUCACAACCAGAGUUGCGUAAACACUCAUGUUAGAUAUUAUUAUCAUACUCGGCAUGAAGACUGAGUAUGAAAACACGUAAUUUAAUUAUUGAUAUUACUUUUAAUUAGUUAUUGGUCGUUAGUUAUAAAAUCAGAUAAAGUAAUCCUUCAGAGGGAAAUUCAGGUGUUUCAGCUGCCAGGAGUCAAUUGCAGAUAAACAGAAAGCUUAAAAGAGUGAAAUUAAAAAAUAAGACCAGUUCAAAAUGUAAACUAGCCAGUAGCAAAUCCUUUAUUAAAACGACUAAUGCAAUAUCCUCUCUGCAAAAAGACAUACAGUAUAGUGAUUAGUACCAGCAAUCUAUCUGUAGUCCUACACAAUGCAAUAGACAGUAUAUUAAUUCAGAAUUAAUCUUUAGGUUUUACUUAUCACUUUUUAAACAAUGCCUGGUCUGACAUAAUUUGCAAGUUAUCGAGCUCAACAUAUGGAAUAAUGGCGAGCAGUGAUCCUCAUAUAUUAAAAUAUUGGUUCUUAAAAUUGGAUCAUACGCCAGAAAAAGUAGUGACUUGCAAUGGAUGUAGGAAUUUGUAUCUGGUGAAGCUCCAGGACCACCUUCAGCAGGCUUACCAGGAGAGAGAUGAAGCUCUUGCACAGGUGCAGAGGCUGGAGGACACAGUGCAGACUGCUACUGCUGCCAGGAUAAAUGUGGCUUUGGUUGCCGAGGAGCUAAAGGUUUUCAAAUCAGAGAUGUGCCGCAAACUGCUGGAGAUGAAAGAACAGAUGAGGCAGGAGUCUGCCCUCUCUGUUGAAGCCAUGAAAUCUUACAGCGAACUCCUCCAGCGGGCCGAGGAGAUGGAGAGAGUGAUGGAGGUGGAGAGGAAACAGGCUUUGUUGCUGCAGUCGGAUUGCCGGGCCUUGCGUGUGGAGGUCCAGACAGGCCGCCAGCAACUGGAGGAAGAGAGAGACAGAGGCGGACAGCUGGAGGGUCACUGUCAGCUGUUCAAAGAACAGACAGCGAUGAAGGACUCCCUUGUGUCUGAGUUGAAAACUGAACUGAAAGGUGUUCGUGCGACCCUUCAGAGGCAGCAGACAGAAAACAAUAACCUGCUGAGGGAGGGCAAAGAGCUGAGAGCUGCUGCCGACAGAGACCAGACUCUGAAUCAGCAGCUGCAGAGUCAGUGUUCCCAGCUCAGUUUUGCUCUGCAUUCACUCACACUGGAAAAUGAAAAGCAGCCCCCCCAAACACACACACAAACAAAAACAUGACCAAAAAGCAUAAUUCUCUCUUGUCUCGGUGUCUUUCAGGCCGAGCAGACUGACGUGAUCAGGCAACUUCAAGAACAAAACCUGCUGUUGGAAGCAGCCAGAUGCAGCAUUCAGAGUGAGCUGCAGGGGGCGCUAACACAUAAAGUUAGCCUGCAGCUGGAGCUAGAGCAGCUCAAAGGCGAACAUGCGCAGCUUCUGCGGAGCUCCUCCUCUACACGAGACACAGUGGUCACCCAGAAGGACCUACUGGAGCGAACCAUUGGCAGGCUACAGGGGAAACUGGCCAGGGCCAAAAAACAGGAGGCAGCAAUGAGCAAGGACCUGGAGUGUUCAAAAAAUCAGUUGCGUCUUGUUGUCACCAAAUUGGAGGAUGAAAAAAGAUGUCUGGAGACCCAACUUAGUGAGGCCAAGCUGCAAGUGGGACCUCUGAGCUCAGCUGUACAGAGCCAGCAGGAUGAGAACAGGAAGCUCAUGGGAAAAGUGGCUGCUUUAGAGACGGAACAGUUGGAGUCCGUACAGAAGGCCUUGGAUGGAGCUAAUAUGGACAUCAAGAGGCUGUCCAGGAGUGUGGAGCAAGCUGUGUUCACCAACACCAGUUUACACAGGAAAAUGAAGCAGGCCAGAGACCAGUACCAAGCCACCAUCGCACUGAGAGAUGAAGAGCUAUGCAAUGCUGGGAGAAAGAUUAGUGCUUUGUCUAAAGAACUGUGUGCUCUAAAGUGACAAACUAAGGGAGACUGUGAAUCAACGGGAACGCAUCGAGAAAUCACAGAGCUAAAAAUGACAGGUGAGGACUCGCUGGCUGGUUCAGGAGACCUGGCCAAAGUCAAUCAGGAGCUCUGCCAACGGGUGUCUGAGCUGGAGAGGCAGGUGUUUGAACAGAUAGCUUGUAUCAGAGAGCAGAGGAAGCAGCUGAUGCAGCAACAGAAGAGCAGAGAUUUACAGGACAACAGGCAGAAAGCUGAGAGGUUUGAAGAGAGCACCAGGAAUCUGCUGGAAGGCAAUAAUCUCAAGGAUGCCAGGGUGGACCCCCAGCAGAUUUUACGGGAGGCAGAGCACGAGAGGUGGACUUAUACCAUCCAACGCUGGGAGGCCAAGAGACAGAUGGCUCAUGGCGCUGGAGGAUUCAAGCCUGUGAGGACACAGCUGAUGACACAGUGAGACUGAUAAUGACCAACACAUACAGAAGUAGCAUUUCACACACACACGUACAUACAACAUACUUGCAACAUGAUGCGGGGAUCCUUUGUAUUUAUUCAAACAUUAAACGGUGACCAACAGAGAGGAAGAGAUGACAGCCAUGUGUAGAAUAGCAGCUGUAGACGUGUGAUGUCCUCCAUGUAUACUGAUCAGAAUUUAAUGAGGGAAACAUGCACUCUCAACAAACUGUACAACCAUAACAUCUGAUAUACUGCUCCACUAUACAAAGAGUCUUAUUUUUUGUACCAACAGAUUGUUUAUACAAAAGUAAUAUUUUUAAAAUAACACUACGUACAAAUGUAUGAUUCUUCUUCUACCAUAGUUGCACUUUCUUCUGCACAGAGUGUGGGCUUCUGUUAUUUGGUGUGUUAACUGUGAAUGUACUGUAUGAUGUCACCUGGCGCUCUCCCUCUCGUUUGGUUUCUGUAAGACCAUUCAGAGUUCAUCAGGAAACACAAAGGUGUGAAUAAUCCAAUAGCAGGGAGAGGAGUCUCAAAUCAGCUCAUCCAACAGGGUCAAGUUGUUUCCCAUUCUGUGCCUCCCGGUGAGGAAGCACCCUUCCUCUUGUCCUGUUUGACGAAUAUAGCAGCUCCUUUGUACUGUAGGUUGAAUAGUUGACUGAUAGAGACACAAAGAUCCUCCAUUUGGUGCUGUACUUUGCUACAAAUCCUGAGAAGAUCAUCCACGAUGAGUCCACCUUCUUUCUUUUUUUUU